GCGGCCCCGCCUGACGCGGCCUGGCGGCGGCUCCGGCCGGGAACGGCUACGUCCGGGAGCGGGUGAGACCCUGGUCCGGCCUUCCCGGGAUCGGGGUGGGAAGCGGGAGCGGGUAAAAAAACCAAACAAACCAAAAAAUCAGACAAGAAUAAAGAGUUCACCGAAAUGUGAGAAUGGCCAAUUCUUUAAGAGGUGAAGUGGUGAGACUGUACAAAAAUCUGCUGUACCUUGGAAGGGAGUAUCCCAAAGGAGCAGACUACUUUAGAAGCCGUUUGAAAGCAGCUUUCCUAAAACACAAGGAUGAGAAAGACCCUGAGAAAAUUAAGCAACUGAUUGCACGGGGUGAAUUUGUUAUAAAGGAGCUGGAGGCUUUGUACUUCCUGAGGAAAUACCGAGCCAUGAAACAGCGCUACUACAGCGAUGACAACCAGUGACUGUGCAUGCAACCAACACAUCACGAAAACUGACAAUAAAGGACAUGUAACCUCAAAAGAAACGAAAUGUAAAUCCUUCCAACCCCUCUAAGGUACAAAUUAGGACUUAGCUUCCCCUCAACCAGCCGAUUGGGUUGUGUUUUCACUAAAACUUCAGGUGUGAAACGAUUUUGCAGGAAGGAGUGGUUGCACAGCUCUGUUCUGUUUCACUUCAAAAUAUAUCUUUAACAGAAGCUCUUCUUACCCCAUAA